AUGGCUAGGCUCAUAUCUGAUUCCCAAAUUGUCAAUUUACGAAGUAACAUUGGAGCCGAUGAUCUCUACGAAAUCCGACGUUUCGCUGAAUUUGCUGCCGCUUUUCCUGAUCAACAAAUGGGAAAGAGUUUGAUCUUCUUACUACGCGACACUCCGAAUCAUCAUUUGAGUGGAAAAGAUUUGAUUGCAAAUGUUCGGAAGCGAUGCUCCACUUCACCAGAUCUCUCCGAAAUCACUCAAAUGAUCAGUGAUCUUUUUCCACAUAUCGGUUGUGCUUGUGCUCCAUCACCAUUGGAAGAGCUUCGAAUUGCG